AGGCACAGUCUCUACACACCUUUUUCCAUGGAGUAAUUAAGGCCUGCCUCAGAGUGAGAGAGCACUCCCUGACCAGCUGUGUGAGGCAAAGCUGACAGCACUACCACCACCACUACCAAGCAUGAAGCUCCCAGGGAUUGCCUUCUUAGCUGCACUCUGUGUUUGCACUGUGGGAGAAAAUGAUAAUCAAACCAGUAGCACCAGUGCAACCGUUUCUGCAUCAACAUCAAAAUCUGUAACGGAAGCUUUAAGAGCAUCAACUUCGCAAGCAACAACAUUGCAAGCACCAGUGCUAACGACAACUGCAAUCAGAGCUACAAAUGAGCCUAUCACAAGCAGCUCCACGCCUUCUGCACCUACUGCUGCACAACAAAUAACACAAGGUACAACAACACAACCACCAGUAAAAGUGACCACUACAGGAGCAUACAAAAGUGACAGCACAACAAACACUACACAAGCAAGUGGAACACAGUUGGCACAAAAUGAGAGCUCGGAUGCUUCAUCCACUAAAGGAUGGUUUGCUUCAUCCACUAAGCGAUGGUCUUCUUCUACAAUCUCUCUACAAAAAACCACUUCUGCUCCUGGAACCUCAGGUCUUCACGUGAGCUCACCAACAGAAUCCACAACUUUUUGCAGUCCUGUAAGCAGUUCUGGAAACAAGAAAGUGCCAGGAAGUGAUAUCCACUAUUCUAGCGUUAUCUUGCCAGUUGUCAUCACCUUGAUAGUUAUUACCCUCUCUGUCUUCUCCCUGGUGUCUUUGUACAGAAUAUGCCAGAAGAAAACUCCAGAGAGACAAGAGAACAGCACUGAACAAGCCCAGUCAGAUAAAGAAGGAGUGAAACUUCUUUCUGUGAAGACAACUUCUCCUGAGACUGGAGAACACUCAUCUCAGGGGAAGAAUAAAACUCGGCAACUCUUCACAUCUCAGCAAUAAAUACAUGUGAAGCAGCCUGUUUUAUCACAAUAUGCAGGACCAUCUCACCAAAGUUGCAGGAAAUGUGGAGUGGCUGAAGCUUUUUACCAGGCAGGAGAUUUGUAUUAACGACCAGCUCUUGACUUCUAAAUCUCAAGUGCCUCCUCUCCCUUCUGGAAUGACACGUAAUUAUUUGACGGCUUAAUAACUGGUAUAUCAUAUAUUUAUUAUUUUCAUAUAUAGUAAAAGCAGAAAAACUUUCAAGAAGGUUGAAGAGAAUGUGAAAAGCGGGUGGUGUUUGCAUAGUAGUUACUAAAAAUGUUUUCUGCACAUACAGGAAGGAAUAUGUUAGCAUACUUUGUUGAACUUCUUAUGGUAGAUAGGGUUCUUUUAAUUGUAUGUAGCAAAAUACAAACAGGGCCUGACCCUUGAAACAGUACUGGGCAAAUUGCCACUAUGAAAAUUAGUUCAGUGAUUUCCAUGAGACUCCUCACUGUAGCACACACUUUGCUUGUCAUAAAUGUUUACAGGAUGGGACGCCUGGGUGAAAUGCUGAAGUGCAUGCUUUAUUCUGCAAAAGGGGGAAUGUACCUUGCAUUGAGGCUCUUUGAAGCUCUGUAAAUUACUAAAUAUGAUCCUGGUAAUGUAGCAGGCAACAUAGUCUAUUUUCACCUGUUUCUUGGCUAAUCGCAUUACGUGUGCUAUAAAUAUGUCUCCUAUAUAGCCUGGGGUGCACGGUAGGGAUCAGCAAGAUAAGCAGUUUUACAGAUGAACCUUCUCCCCCUUGUUCCGAGUAAUGCAUGGGAUUUCUGCGGGUUAUUGAAUAAUUCUGGAAGUUUGAAGAGUGUUUCAAGUGCUAAUUACAGACUCUUUUAAUUUGUACUGAGCUGGCAAUUCAAAAAUAUCAAGUAGUGCUUCUACCUGCAUGUAUCCUACUUUUCUAGAACAAUAAUGUUUGAAAAUUAUAUUACUGUAAGCAUCUGCUUAGUCUUCAUCCACUGGCUCUGGUAGCGUGCCAAGAACCUCCAUUGUUUUUUUGGCAAAUGGAAAGAAGACAACUGGUGGUGUAAGUGCAGGACCAAGAGCCAGGACGAUGAUCUAAGUUUUGAUGCUUAUUGAUCCAAUGCUUUUGAGGAACUUCUCUCUCCAGUUUCCCUUUCUGAAAUAAUAAAGCCUACCUGGCAGUAUGGUAAGAGAUUGAGCAGGUUUGUUAGUCCAUGUUUAUACACAAAGCUGAAAAGUGUUCAUUUUCCUGUGCUUGACAGUUGCUCUGAUUUCCACUUUGAUGGGUCUAAUAAUCCUCUGUCUUAGUGGCACCAAGAGAAACUUUAGAUGAAGCUCUGUAAAGGAUGGGGAACCAACAAGUGUCCUCAUGCUGCAGCUGAACUUAUAGGGUUCAUUCAGGUGUUCUUGGAUCACUUGGGUUGCUCAGGAGCAGAGGAGUCUUGGAUGCCUACUUUGGCGAGGUCAGGCCAUCUAAAAUAUAUAAGUUGGCAUCUGCAACUAUUCAGAUUCCUGAUUGCUGAAGUUUCCUAUGAAAAAAGCAAUCGUUGUGGAUUUUCAUGUUGAUUUAAAAAAAUAAAAAAGUCAUUUGUAGCAUGUUGCAUCUUACUGAAAGGAAAAAACAAAGAAAAAAACAAAGGUUGUGAAAUAUAUAUAUAUGUUUGUGCAAAAUUUUUUCUGAAACUACCAUGAUGUGUCAAGGGCAAAAAAAAAUAAGUAACUGCCUAUUAAAAGUUAUUCUCUUUA